GGGGAGUGUGGGGGGGGUCGCCGCUUCUCCGCCGGCGCCAUGUUCCUGUGCGCUCCCCUGCGGGCCGCGGCCGCACGCUCGAUAAGACAAAUCCGAUACUUACAUAGAACGGCAGUGUGCAAUAGCAGUGGAGGAGCCUUAUUUGUGCACAGAGAUAGUCCUGAAAAUAAUCCAGAUACUCCAUUUGAGUUCACACCUGAAAACCAAAAGCGAAUAGAAGCAAUCAUAAACAACUACCCAGGGGGACACAAGUCUGCAGCUGUCAUGGCAGUGCUAGAUUUGGCGCAAAGACAGCAUGGAUGGUUGCCCAUAUCAGCUAUGAACAAGGUUGCUGAAAUUUUAGAAAUGCCUCCCAUGAGAGUGUAUGAAGUAGCAACCUUCUAUACAAUGUAUAAUCGCAAACCUGUUGGGAAAUACCAUAUUCAGAUCUGCACUACCACGCCAUGCAUGCUGCGAGACUCUGAUAGUAUUUUAGAAGCCAUUAAGAAGAAACUUGGUAUAAAAGUUGGGGAAACAACACCUGAUAAACUCUUCACGCUGAUAGAAGUGGAAUGUUUAGGUGCUUGUGUAAAUGCACCAAUGGUACAAAUAAAUGACAAUUACUAUGAAGAUUUGACACCCAAAGAUAUUGAAGACAUAAUUGAUGAGCUAAAGGCUGGCAAAGUUCCCAAACCUGGCCCAAGGAGUGGACGUUUUUCUUGUGAGCCAGCUGAUGGCCUUACUUCUCUGACUGAACCACCCAAAGGACCAGGUUUUGGAGUUCGAGCUGACCUCUAAGGAUUUUUGUAAUAUAAGAUGAACUGUCUGAAAAUAAUAAAGUAACUUUAAUCUCAGUAAAAUUAUGUACAUUCUAAUACUUUUUUUUAAAAAUGAAGAAAGCAACAGCAAUUAGAGUAUCUAAUUUACUAUGGUUUUAACUACUGCAAAGCAUAAUCAUAAUUCUAGAUUACAAGAAAAGUUCUGUAGACUGUAAAGUGACUCACUGAAAGAGUCCACUUACGAUCACUGAGGGGUGAAAGUUGCAUCUUUUGAUCUGUCAUUGAAAAUUCUUUCAACUUUUUCUAAGGUUCUUUGAAGAAGCAACAAAACUGCCUAAAUUACAAGUCUGGCAAAUGCGCAAGGAAACAAACUGAAAAGAGAAGAUCUGACAAAACUUCAUCGCAUGUUACUUUUAAUUGCAAUUUAAAACCAAAAACAAACAGGAAAGGUGAUCCAAGCUGUGUUGUGCAAAAAAUCCGGUAGGUUCAGUAAGAAGUGGUUCUUCUUGAGUCUAAUUCUUCUUACUACCAUUCAGUGACCAGGAAAAAUGCAUUAUCUUUUUGUCAUGUUACAAAAAAAAAAACCCCCAAAUAGCAGUAGUACUCUACUAAAAGAAUGAACAGCAACAAGAAACAACUUCCUGUACAAAUUUAUUCAAUACAGCCAAGGUGUGCAGUUGGGGAAAGACAGACUAUACCAGAACAGUUUAAUACAUAGCUAAGUGUAAUAUAUGAAAGUAGUUAUUUGAUUCACAGAUCCUUCUUUGACCUUACUGCUGCGUAUCAGCUACUUUUAAGAACUAAUCGGUGUGAAAUUGAGGUAUUUCUCCCGAGAUAAAAAAAAGCUGAUAAUUUUUUUAAAAAUUGACUGCAUAUUGACACUUAAUACAUAUGCUUGUAAAAUCUGGCAAAUGCUUUAUAUAUGUACACAUAUAUACAUUUCAAUGUAAAUUAGGAAAUGUGAACAUGUCAGUCACCUGAGACCAUAUUGAGUCUGCCUCUUCAAAAUCUGCUGUGGAAUUUACAUUCUUCUUACAAUUAAUGGGAUAGAUGAGGCUUAAUUGUAUUAUUUAUAUUUUACUCUAGUUUGUUUUGAUAUUCUGAUUAACAGUACUUCCCUAAACUAUUCUCCCUCUUCUGAGUCAAAUUUUGUAUCUACAGAUUUCCACGCAUGAUUAUCUCAUAGUCUGUUCAUGCCCCACCUUUAUUUCAGUGGGCUCUGUGAAGUUCCUUGAUGUAUUGUUAAACAAGUAGUGUUACUUUUGGUAGUUCUGAGAGCAAAAUAAAUAUGUAUAGCAUUUGUAUGUAAAACUUGCUAUCCCUUCUACAUUACUAAAUGUAUAAAAUGAAGUCAUUGAAUUGCAUACAAAUGGAAAAGUAAAUUUGAUAAAUACAAGUCAUGAGUGAAGCAGUCACCCAAUAAGCACGAAAAAAAAUCUUGUAUCUAAGUGCACUGUGUAUGAGAAAAUAGUACAUGGAGUGAAAUAUUAUCUGUAAAAUUGCUGAAUGGUCUUUUGAAAGGUCACUCCAGUGUUUGUAAUAGCCACAUGCCUUGUAGCAGGCCAGGCAUCUGGCAUUAUGCGGCACUUCUCUAGAGACAUAAAAUGAGACAGGCAGCAUAUUACAUUCUGAUGCAAAGACAGACUCAUUUUAAUAUACCAGUCUGUAACUAUGCUGUUUGCUCAACUAUAACAACAAAGCUGUAUUCUAGUUCAUAUAGCAUUACCUUAUUCUAAUGUAGUAUGAAAGCAGGCAACUACUUUUAAAAAUAUAUGUUGACUAUAAAUGAGGAUUUUGCAUGCAUUAUGGAACUAUCAGGUCCUACAAUUAUUCAUGGUUUUGUAUGUAACUGUGAAACUGAUGGGAUUGCAUAAUUGUGUUGAAGGGAAACAUACUUCUAGACCUGCCAAGUUUGAAAUGUUCAAGUAUACAAAAACAAAGCUCUAGAAUGCCAGACUCCUCCCAUUCAUAAAGCUGGACAGGAGAAUUUGUUGCCUUGUCCCAGUUUUCCCCCCUGUUCAUUCCAUCUGUACGUGAAAAUCGUGAUGUCUGUCUGAUGAGCAGAACACAGCCCUCAACAGUUUCCCAUUUGUUGGAGAUCAUGUUAGUGAUGUUCCACAGCCAAGUAUGUCAGUCAUUUUGAUGCAACACUUAACAGUCUGCCAAUCACUCGACUAGAAAACUAUAAUUUACAUUAUCCUUAUUGCGUGGUACAAAUCUGAUACACCACUGUUUAAAAUUAAAUUGAAUAUUGUAGGGCAGCUAUAGGACUGAAAUAUUUGAAGAGAAGUAAGCAAAUAAUCAUUACUCUCCUCUCUCAUCUUACCCACUUCCUUCAUCAAUUAUAUGAGGCUUUAUGGUCCUGGUUUCUACAUCAAAGUUUGGCCAUCAUUGUAUUAAGAUAAAUGAUUAAAGAAAAAAAUCACA